AUGCCAAUUAUAAAGGAGGAGAAACUCCACAAAAAUCUCAAGUCGUUUGAAAGUGUGAAAAAAGAGGUAGAAGCGAGUAAGUAUGCUGACUGGAAGCAUGCAACUGUCGAUGCUGCUAAGAAGAGGGCUAUAUAUUCCAGUGGCUCCUACAAGGAGUUUCAGGACAUUGUGGCUACUUGUGGCCUCAACCCCAUAGGGAGGAAUGAGUUCAGUCGCCCCGCUCGGCAACAGACGCAUAAUAGGGCUCUCACUGGGAAGGAGAGUAGACCGGGAGAGGCCCUAUCAGUUCGGGGGGACGUAGGGAAGGCCCCUAAGAUCAAGGCAGUGGACUUCGAGAGGAACCUCAGGAGAGCCAAGACCGACUCAGAACGCGUGCAGUUGUUCAGCGAGAUGGGGCCUGGUCAGGUAGUGGAAGCGUUGAGGGGCUCUGAGAGAGGAGGAGAGUAUGUCGAUGCGGAGGUCCUAUUGUACGUUAUGGACACUAUACGGAGCGCUGUAGAGGCUGAUGGUGAUGGUGAUGGUGGAGGGAAAGUCCUAAAGGGCAUCAUUGAAGGGCUCCUUGGGGAUGUAACGGUGAUUAGGACCAUGAAUAGGUUCCUCACCGCUGAGGAGAGGGAUAGGAUGCAUGAUACGUGUGUGAAGGCUGGAGUGGAUCCUCCCAUCCAUGGAGUAGCAUGUUCCGAUUGA